CAUGACUUCAGGAUCAAAGCGUUAGACCUCAACAUUGUGUCCAAAAUGAGUAAAAAUCGCUACUCGCUGAAGGAACCCGACGUCAAAGAGUAUCUUGUGAAGGGAGACAGAUUUACAAAAUGGAAAGAGGACUCCAAGAAAACCAUCCCGGUCACCCUGAAGAUGGAUCCGAAAGGAUUUUAUCUGGUCUGGACCAAUCAGAGCAAAGAAACUGAACUUCUGGAUGUUGCGACCAUCAGGGACACAAGAGCAGGAAAAUACGCCAAAGUCCCCAAACACCAAAAAGUUCGUAAUGUCUUCAACAUGGAUUUUCCCGACAGUCAUCAUCUGGCCAAAACUCUGACCAUCGUCACGGGCGCUGACACCGUCAAUCUGACAUAUCUCAACUUCUUUGCUGCAAAAGAAGUUGCCCAGCAAUGGGCAGAUGACAUUCUGGCGAUUGCCUACAACACCAUGAGAGCAAACGCCUGCAGACAGAUCUUCCUGGAGAAACUGUAUGUUCGCCUCACGCUGCAGACCAAUAAGGAUGGAAAAAUCCCUGUUAAAACUAUCUAUAAGUUGUUUCCUGCUGAAAAGAAGAGAGUUGAACAGGCGCUGACAGCUGCCAAUCUACCAAAAGGAAAGUUUGACACCAUCAAGUUAGAUGUGUUCACCGAGGCAGCGUUCAAAACCUUCGUGAUGCAUCUCUGUCCCAGACCAGAAAUCAAUGAAAUCUUCACGUCCUUCACCAAAGGAAAAGGUUUCAUGACGAAGGAGAUGCUGGCCAAGUUUCUGAACGAGAAGCAGCGAGACCCUCGUCUCAAUCAGGAGCUGUUUCCACCCGUCAGACCCGAUCAGAUGAAGACCCUCAUCGAGAAAUAUGAGCCCAGCUCCUCCAAUGCCAGUCGAGGUCAGAUAUCUCCAGAGGGUUUAAUGUUUUAUUUGAUGGGCUCUGAAACGUCGGUGGUGCAUUUGGACAAACUGGCACAGAGUCACGACAUGACUCAACCCAUCGGACAUUACUUUGUCAAAUCAUCUCACAACACAUAUCUCACAGCGGGUCAGCUGACAGGCGUCUCGUCUCCUGAGAUGUACCGUCAGUGUCUGCUCUCCGGGUGUCGCUGUCUCGAGCUGGAUUGUUGGAAAGGCAAACCUCCAGAUGAAGAGCCAAUCAUCACCCACGGCUUCACCAUGACAACUGAGAUCUUAUUUAAGGACGUUAUUGAAGCCAUCAAUGAGAGCGCCUUCAAAACCUCUCAGUAUCCAAUCGUGCUUUCGUUUGAGAACCACGUGGACACAGUAAAGCAACAGGAGAAGAUGGCUCAUCACUGCAGGACUAUAUUUGGAGAUAAACUGCUCGUUGAUCCGCUGGACAAAUAUCCUCUGAAGCCAGGCCAACCCAUCCCCAGUCCAUCUGAGCUGAUGUGUAAGAUUCUCAUCAAGAACAAGAAGAGCAGCGCUGCUCCCAACAAACAAGAGACUGCAAAGAAAACAGAGAGCGUUGAGAAUUCUGCAGUGGACCCCAACCAUCCCCCCGCUGACGGACCCGACGCACAUCAUCACGACGGUCAUGAUGAUCACGAGGAACACGAUGAUCACGAUGAACAAGAUGAAGAGAAGAUGAAGAACUCUGAUGAGGGCACCGCUGGACAAGAAGUCACAGCCUUUGAGGAGAUGUCAGCCAUUGUCAACUACGUUCAGCCCAACAAAUUCGUCUCAUUUGAGAACGCAAUCAAGAAGAACAGGAGUUAUGUCAUCUCUUCAUUUGUGGAAACCAAAGGCGAGAGUCUGAUCGCGAAGAACGCUGUGGACUGGGUGGAAUAUAAUAAGAGGCAGAUGAGUCGGAUCUAUCCUAAAGGAACACGUGUGGAUUCAUCAAACUACAGUCCUCAGCCCUUCUGGACCGCAGGCUGUCAGUUUGUGGCACUCAACUAUCAGACUAUGGAUUUCCCCAUGCAGUUGAACAUGGCUCUGUUCGAGUUCAACGGCAGGACGGGGUACCUGCUCAAACACGAGAUGCUUCGCAAGAGCGACAAGAAGUUUGAUCCUUUCACUGAAAGAUUCGACACGAUCAUCGCCUGCACGCUCACCAUUAAGAUCUACUCGGGUCAGUUCCUGUCAGAUAAGAGUGUGAAAACCGGAGUGGAGGUGGAACUCAUCGGUUUGCCGAAGGACCCCAAGAAAAAGUUUCGUACCAAAUGGACGGCGACCCCCAACGCCAUCAACCCGGAGUGGAACGAAGAGCCUUUCGUCUUUGAGAAGAUUCUGCUGCAGGAGAUGGCUUACCUCAGGAUCGUGGUUCAUGAGGAGAGCGGAAAGUUCAUAGGUCACAGAAUUCUGCCACUGGAUGCUCUUCAGACAGGUUUCCAGCACAUUGCUUUGCGCAGUGAGAGUAAUAUGCCUCUGACUCUGCCGUCUCUGUUCGUGCACAUUGAUGUGAAGGAUUAUAUUCCCGCUGCGUUCGCUGAUUUCACAGACGCACUUUUCAAUCCUGUCAAGACUACAAAGCCUCCGAAGCAAGAGUGCGCCACAUACGUGUCUGAAUAUGAGUUACCUAUGGCUGAUGGAGCUGCGACUGCUGCGACUGCUGCGACUCCUGCAGAACCAAAAGCCUCUGAGAGUCCAGCAGAGGGCGACGCCGAACCUCCGAAACCUGAGGAAAAAACAGAGCCAGCACCUGAACCUGAACCAGAACCAGCCCCCGAGCCAACACCAGAACCAGCUGCUGAACCAGAACCAGCCCCAGAGCCAAAACCAGAACUAGCUCCUGAACCAGUACCAGCCCCAGAGCCAGAACCAGCUCCAGAACCAACUCCUGAAGCAAAACCAGAGGAAGAUCAAGAGCCAGCCCCUGAAACAAAACCAGAGGAAAAUCCAGAAGCAGAACCAGAACAAAAACUUGAGGAAAAUCCGGAAGCAGCCCCUGAAACCGAACCCAAAGCAGAAGAGUCUCCUGCUGACCCAUCAGACCCGCCCACCGUGACCUGUGAGGAACUGCAGCAGCACAAGAACUUCCUGAAGGUCUCCAAGAAACAAGAGAAAGACCUGAAGGACAUGGAGAAGAAGUUUCAGAAGAAACGCGAUGACGUGACGCAGAAAUACGGCAAACAGAUGGAAGUGCUGAAGAAGAAGAGCUCGGUUAAGAAAUCAGAAGGUUCUGAGCCAACCGAACAGAUCACAGACAUCAAGCAGAAGCUUCAGACUGAUCUCAGAGCUGUGCUGGUGGAACACUACGAUCAGACCAAGAACAAGAAAGAGCAGCAGAACACUGAGCGUCUGACCAAACUCCUGGAGAUAGCCACAGAGAAACACUGCAGCGAGAUGAAAGCGCUCAACAGUGACAUGAAGAAGAAGGACAAGGACAAAAUGAAGAAAAGCAAAAGUACUGAUCAGCUUGACAGUGAUAAACCUCAGUCAGAUGAAGGUUCACCUCAGGAACAGAGUCUGAAGAGAAGACAGGCCGCCACGCUCGGCAAAAUCAGAGAUCUCAUCAGUCAGCUCAAUAAAGACGCCGUCUCCGAGCACUCUAAGAACAUGUGGUCACUGCCCAAUGAACUGACAGAGGCCGUCAACUCCUGCGUCAAACCUCAUUACCCCAAUCACGUGGAGAAAGCCGAAGAGAACCGCACAGAACCCGCCAACGGACAAUGUCAAGUUUUCGUAGGAUGAACUCUGUGUGUCUACCGUAACAUGAAAUUUACACACUUGUUAAUAAUUCAGUAUAAACUGUAUUUUUUUUCAUUUAGAUUUUCAAACACACAUAAAACCCUUUUAGAAACAUUUCAUUAAGGAGUAUGAAAACUGUCAAGAUGUCUGAAUCAUAGUUCACCCCAAAAUACUGUAAAAUAAUUCUUUAGAAAUCAAGGUUUUUUCUAGAUUUUUUUAGUUUUUUGGGGUUGCCUUAUGAUCUAGACUUUCACAUAGAAAUGAAAUUUUAAAUGAUGAUGCACUUUGUAAUUUCUUUUAGGAUUUUAUGUUAUGUUUGUGAUGGUGGAGGUGUCUGUAAUCCCAAUAUAAACACACAAUAUAUGCGUACACAUAAAGACACUUCUUUACAGCCGAGCAGACGUAACCGUUACUUAAGUUAAAAUGAUUUUUAAGUUAAAAAUCAAGUGUCAAGGUGAAGUUGAAUUAAAGGCUAGAAGAUAAAUGAAUCAAGUAACAGAAGAUAUUCACUCCAUUACUCUCACACAUCAGACGGAUGCACAAAUAUUCUUAGGUUCUGUUAAGGUUUUGUUCUAGAUAUGCAUUUAAAUCCACCAAAAUACCAUAGCACCCUAUUCUUGACUUGUAUGUAAAGUAAUGUAAUGUUUAAAGCGUAUAGACUUCUUGUCUGAUAAACUACUUUCAUUCAAUUUAAUUUAAUUUAAAUAUUAUUUGUUGUGAUUUUACAAUACUUGUAUAUUUUGGUGAAAGCUGAGUUUACCAUGGUAAAUGUUUUGUAAAAGGUCAAUACAAGCUGUAAGAUAAUGAUAAUCUUUAAGAAAUGAUUUAAGAAAUAAAAAACAAUCAAAUGACUUAA